AGUGACUGCCUUCUCGAUAAAUAAUUCAGACAGCAAUGUGAAUAGCCAAUAGCGAGGGCGUAUGCUAAUUACGUGUGAUUAAAAUGGAACGCCUGGCUUCGAGAUUAGUUUCCUAGUAGUUGGUUGAAGGGGAAGGAGUAAUUUGUGUGGAACAGUUAACUAUCGUACUACUUUAAGUAGUUUUUUUUGUAUAAACGUGAUGCGUGUCCGCUGACAACACUCCAAAUCAGUAUACUCCUAGUUUUCUAGAAACUUCUCCGGAAUUUGCAUUGCGAAGCAAAGAACAGUUGCCAGAAUUUGAAGUGCUGAGAUUUUUUUUUCAGCUCGCCAAGCAGAGUUUAUCGACGUCUCUCUUCAGUGUUGGUUAUCGUUAUUGUCAUUCACUCGUUUUGCAAAGGUUGCCUCUGUGUUUUUCCUGUUUUGAUCGCUAUGUCCUCCGGUGCUGUGUCGGAGCAGAGCAGGCGGUUCAGCGUGCUGUCUUGGCCGCAGGUGCAGCGGUUGGACUCGAUUCUCGGGGAGACUGUUCCUAUUCACGGUCGGGGUAAUUUCCCCACACUCUCUGUCCAGCCCAGGCAAAUUGUGCAGGUGGUGCGUAACCGUCUGCAGGAGAAAGGGAUUGUGGUCCGGGAUGUGAAGCUGAACGGCUCUGCGGCGAGCCACGCUCUGCACCAGGAUGGUGGACUGGGCUACAAGGAUCUUGACCUGAUCUUCGGCCUGGAGCUGCCGACCGACAAGGAGUUCCGGCUGGUGAAGGACGUGGUCCUGGAUUGCCUGCUGGACUUCCUCCCAGCUGGCGUCAACAAGGACCGCAUCACGCCCCUGACCCUGAAGGAGGUUUACGUGCAGAAACUGGUGAAGGUGUGCAACGACACGGACCGCUGGAGCCUCAUCUCGCUCUCCAACAACACGGGUAAGAACGUGGAGCUCAAAUUCGUGGACUCCCUGCGCCGGCAGUUUGAGUUCAGCGUGGACUCCUUCCAGAUCUCCCUGGACUCCCUCCUGCUGUUUGACAAGUGCUCCCAGACUCCCAUGUCCGAGAGCUUCCACCCCACCGUACUGGGGGAGAGCAUGUACGGGGACUUCGAGGAGGCCCUGGACCACCUGCGCAACAAGAUCAUUGCUACUCGCAGCCCGGAGGAGAUCCGAGGAGGGGGGCUGCUCAAGUACUGCGACCUGCGGGUGAGGGGCUUCCGGCCCCGCUCCGAGGCGGAGAUGAAAUCCCUCCAGCGGUACAUGUGCUCGCGCUUUUUCAUAGACUUCCCGGACAUCUCGGAGCAGCAGCGCAAGCUGGAGGCUUACCUGCAGAACCACUUCAUGGGCAUGGAACACAAGCGCUACGACUGCCUUGUGACUCUGCACAGCGUGGUCGACGAGAGCACGGUGUGCCUCAUGGGCCACGAGCGGCGACAGACUCUGAACCUCAUUGCCACGCUGGCCCUCCGUGCCCUGGCUGAGCAGAACGCUAUCCCCACCGUGACCAACGUCACAUGUUACUACCAGCCGGCGCCUUAUGUCAGGGACAGAAACUUCAACAACUACUACAUUGCACACCUGCAGCCCUGCAGGAACACAUACCGGACUUGGUUGCCUUGUAACUAAACCAUAGAGUGUGGGGGAUGAGGGGACUAGGCAGGGGAGAGAAGGGAAGGCUUAAGUUUUGUCUGCCACGUGUUGCUGGUAUAUAUUAAGUUUAUUUCCUCCAAAGUGAUGUCUUUCACCUGGUUGAACGUCAUCUGCUGUAUAUCUUGAUUUUGAGCCAGCAGCAGGAAUGUUUAAGCCUCUAUGGGGAAGAAGCUUGGGAGCCUUGUGGUCCUUUUUAUAGAAGGAAAGGGGAUGGAGCACUUUUUUUUUUUUUUUUUUUUUUUUAUAAAUAUCAAUAAAAUCAAUGCAGAAAUUGCAUUUUAUAGGAGAUUCAAUGCUGCCUACAAAGUUUCAGGCUGUGGUUUAAAUAAAUCUGCCUAUAAAUUUGGCUUUUUUGUUUUUUCCCCACCCAGAAGGACCAAAGAUUGUUUUUUGUUAAAUGAAAAAUGUUAUUUCUGGAAGGGGUUGGGGGUAAAGAGAAACAUCAGUGAUCCUGUGAAUUCAAAGUGCCUAAAAAAAAAAAAACAAAAAAACGUAAACUCUGUACUGGUUUAAAGGGAUUUUAUUAUCUUAAAUUGCUGUAAAUCUCUAUUUUUCAGGGACAGAUGAGGUCCUUUUCAAAUGAUUAAAGAAACAAAUAACUUUGA